UUUAGAACGUUUGUUGAGUGGGCUACGGUCUAAUGUGCUAUAAUUUAUAAAAACACUUUAAUGAGAGAUAUACGAGUACGUACAAUUCAUCGCAACUGAAGUUGUCACUUUGGCCAUUGACUUUUAGGGCGAAAAUGAGGUCUGUGUCGCGUAGUAAGAUGAGGACGCUUUCGAAAUCUGGACUCCUGCUUAUUAUACUUCUAUGUGCAUUUGGGACCGAUCUGUCUAAGGCUGACAGAGUCGAAGUCAUUGAGCUGGCCAACGGCUGGAUGAUAACAAAUCAGAAUGGCUCCAUGACCAAGGAUAACGUGAAGCUGCCAUCGGGGGUUUACAGUGCUUUCUAUAACGAGGAAGUGCUUAAUUCCUUCAAUGAUGUCCGUUUGCGCUGGCUGGCCUAUGACAACUGGACCUACAGUAACAAUUUCCAACUUGAUUUGGCACAUUACAAGUACGUGCGCCACUUCAAUUUGACCUUUCAUGGAAUCGACACUGUUGCCGAGAUACGUCUGAAUCAUCAGCUUGUGGGACGUACGAACAAUAUGUUUGUGCGCUACUCCUACGACGUCAGCGAUCUCCUGCAGGCCGACAAUUUGCUAGAAGUGGAGAUAAAGUCGCCCGUGUUGGCAGCUCUAGCAGAGGCCAGAAAGGUGGAAGUGCCGCCGGCCUGUCCAGUUUCUCGCUACCAUGGCGAAUGCCACAUGAAUAUGCUGCGUAAAAUGCAGGCCAGCUUUUCCUGGGACUGGGGCUUGGCGGCGCCAUCAAUGGGAUUGUGGAAGAGCGUUAAUCUGGAGCUGUACGAGGUGGCACUAAUCCGAGACGUGGAUGUGGAUGUAAGUCGUAACGAGACGCAUUGGAACAUGCAUGUUACCUGUUACUUGGACACGGGCGGCGGUCGGGAUUUUUAUGCCGAGCUCAUCUUCUAUUUGGUCGAGCUUCUGGACAAGCCAGUAGUUAUUGAUACGUUUACCAAGCACCCAAUUAGCCACUUGGCACCCGUAAUUGUCUUCGAUCAGGCUGUGCCAAUUAAGAGUGUCACAGCCUGGUGGCCAAAUGGUUACGGCGAGCAGAAGCUCUAUCCACUACAUUUGACGCUAAACGCUUGGUUGGACAUUGCCGGACCAGAACAGCGAGCCAAAACAGUGUCCCAGAAAUCGCUCAACGUAGGCUUCCGCACAAUUGAACUGAUUGAGGAUCAGAUAGAUUCUGGAAACAGUUUUCUGUUUCGAGUCAAUGGGGUGGAUAUUUUCAUGAAAGGAAGCAAUUAUAUACCUGCACAUAUACUUCCCGAGUGGGGGCAGAACCAGUCGUUAGUUGGUCAUCUCCUGCAGUCCGCUAAGGACGCAAACAUGAACAUGAUUCGUGUAUGGGGUGGCGGUGUCUAUGAAACGGAUUUCUUUUAUGAUAAAGCCGAUCGCCUGGGCCUGCUCAUUUGGCAGGACAUGAUGUUCGCCUGCGCGAUGUAUCCCGUCGGCGAGACAUUUUUGGACUCUGUGCGUGAAGAGGUAAUUCAAAAUGCCAAACGGCUGUCGCAUCAUCCAAGUGUGGCCAUUUUUGUUACCAACAACGAAAAUGAGGCCGCUUUGGUUCAGAAUUGGUAUCAAACAUACACAGAUCUGGACCGCUUUAAAGCAGAGUAUCGCGAGCUCUAUCUCGCUAAUGUUAUACACGAACUGAAGUUGGUUUCGCACAAAUCACGACCCCAACCACUAGUCUCCUCACCGUCGAACGGCCGAGAAAGUGAAAAGGACAAUUUCAUUUCGGAUGAUCCGCAGAACAACAACUACGGUGAUGUUCAUUUCUAUGAUUAUAUGAGGGAUGCCUGGAAUCCGUACGUUUAUCCACGAGCCCGUUUUGUCUCCGAAUACGGUUUCCAAAGCCUGCCGCAGGCAUUUUCAUGGCAACGCACAAAAGGAUCCGAGGAUUUGCUGGAGCUGAUGGAACAUAGACAGCAUCAUCCGAUGGGCAUGCUUCCCAUCACCCAAUUAGUGCACCGCCAUUUGCCACUGCCACUACCUGAAGACGAACCUUAUCCAGAGGCGCUCAUUUAUUUUAGUCAAAUUUCACAGGCCAUGGCCACCAAAGUAGAGACAGAACUCUAUCGCAGUCUGCGGGAUACACAGCAUAGAACUAUGGGUGCACUUUACUGGCAAUUAAACGAUGUGUGGGUGGCGCCGUCAUGGUCCGGCAUAGACAUUUUCGGCAAUUGGAAGUUGCUACACUACUGGGCUCGAGAUUUCCUGGCGCCCAUUGCUAUUGUCGCUCUAUAUGAGGCCGAAUCAGAGUCGCUAAACAUCUCCCUUAUUUGCGAUCAAUUAGAAGUCGACACCGAAAACCUAAAAGUGGUAGCCAAUGUGCACUUGUGGUCGCAGCUUUUACCUAGAAACUCUACAGAGUGGUCUGUCACCCUUCGUCCCAAUGGCGUGCAGUACGACAAGGUGAUUCCCCUGAACAGUUUACUGCACGAUGAGCUGAACAAGUACAACUCGUAUUUGGAGUUUCAACUAUAUCGAAGUAAUGAGCUUCUUUCCCGCACCUACUACUUCCCCAGUAGCAUUACAGCUGCGAAGGGCGUGGGCGAUCCGGAGCUUGAUUAUGAUAUUUCAACGCGUUACUGCAGCACCGGCAGCACCACUGUUCGAACACACCUCAGCAUCACCAUUCGGGUGAGCCGUCCGGCAAUCUUUGUUUAUCUGGAACUGCUGUCAAGCUAUCGUCACAAAUUCUCUGAGAAUGGAUUCAUGCUGACGGUGCCUGUGUAUGUCGUGCAUCUGGAGGUGGAGGCCAGCAUAUGCCUCAAUAUAAGAUAUCUGCGGAAGAAACACAUCAAAGUGCUGACGGUCAACCAGUUCAUGCCCCACCUCGCCAGCAAUUAACCAUAAUGGGUUCUUGGUCCCUUCAAAGUUUAUGCAGCGAACAUAACUUCCAAACAUUUAAAUUAACUUAAAUACGUAACAAUAAUACAAAUACAAUAAAUAGCAUACAAUACAA